AUGGCCACCAACUACAAUAUUGUUUGGUCCGGUCCCAAAUUAGAUGGAAAACUGGAUUACAAUUAUUGGGCAUUAUUGAUGUCCACCCAUUUGAAAGCUCAUAAUAUUUGGAGCUUUAUUGAACCAGGCUUACAACAAGGAGCAGAUGAUGCAACUAAAAGGAAGGACCAGUUGGCGCUAUCACAAAUUCACCAAGGUGUAGAUUAUUCAAUUUUUGGCAAAAUAGCAAAUGCCAAAACAGCCAAAGAAGCGUGGGAUAUUUUGAAGCUAUCAUACAAAGGAGUAGAGAAAGCUCAAAAAUCCAAGUUGCAAUCUUUGCGACGGGAAUAUGAAAAAUAUGAAAUGUCGAAUUCUGAAUCCGUGGAACAAUAUUUUUCACGAGUUACAGAUCUCGUCAACAAAAUGAGAGUAUAUGGAGAAGAUAUUCCUGAAAGCAAGGUGGUGGAGAAAAUUCUACGCACCAUGCCGAUGAAGUUUGAUCAUGUGGUGACUACAAUAAUUGAGUCCCACGACACAGACACCAUGACAGUUGCAGAAUUGCAAGGUAGUAUUGAAAGCCAUGUGAGCAGAAUCUUGGAGAAAACUGAAAAAGGAAAUGAAGAAGCAUUGAAAAGCCAGGUGAAUUUUACCAACAUAGCAGAACCCAGCCGAAGUGAAGACAGUAGAGAUCGUGAAGGAGGAAAUAUAAAUUUCAAAGGAAGAGGCCGUGGUAGUUUCAGAGGAAGAGGUCGUUGUAAUUUUAAUCAACAAUGGAGAGACAACAAUUUCAGGCCACUUAAUCAAGGAAGAGGUGGACACAAUUUCAGAUCUUCCAACCGUGGAAGAGGAAGAGGCAGCUUCACUAACCAGGAGAGGACAAAUUUCAAUUGCUACCACUGUGGAAAAUUCGGGCACAGAGCUGCAGAUUGUAGAUUCAAACAACAAGCAAAUAUAGCAGAAAAUCAAUAUAAGCAUACUGGUGAGAGUUCUGAUAGUCCACAAACCUUACUUCUAGUAGCAAAUAAUUUUUCAGGCGAUGGAGAUAUUUGGUACCUAGAUACUGGCUGCAGCAACCACAUGUGUGGGAAAAAGGAGUUAUUUUUCUCACUAGAUGAAACGGUAAAAUCUACUGUGAAAUUUGGAAAUAAUUCUAACAUUCCGAUUUUGGGAAAAGGUUGA